AUGCCGCCCGGCUUCCCCGCACGCGCCAACAGCCGCCUGGACACCUUCCUGAGGCGGCACUUGGCCCCGGAGAUCUACGAUGCCAUCCGCGCCUAUGAGCCCUGCGUUGUGGUCUCUGACUCAGAGAACCACACGUUCAAGUACGUGGUGCUCAGUGACCAGGUCAUCUACUUGACCGAGAACCCACCCAGAUCCAUUCGCGGGGUCGUGGCACUGCAGGACGUCAUGGCCAUUGAACUGGUUGACGAUUACCCAGAGUUUUUGAAUGGACCAGACAGAGAAAUCAACCAACACAUUCGUAUCAUCUAUUCUUCAACUUCCUUGAAAAAGGAGUGUAGAAAACCAAAAGGUGCCAGGAAAUUCCUGCUACCAUUUCAUCAUGCCACUGCUAAAGACAAAAAAGAGAAAGAAGAAAAAGAAGCUAAUGGUUGUGCUUACUGGACGGCGCAGGAGGGGAAGACUCUCUAUGAGAGCCCAUUGCAGCAGUUCCAAGAGAGCAGCACAUCCACGGCAUCAGCCCUGCAUCCUGCUUCAGAUCUCAGGAAGCUGCCUCUUCGGCCCUUACCGACGCUUCCCAGGAGGAGAUGCCCGGCCAUGCCAGACCCAGGCAAAGCUGUUACUUCACCAGCUUGCUCUACAAACACAGAAGAACCCCAGGGACUUGCUGAUCACAAAGACUCUCCAAGUGAAAGUCCUUUCAAGUGUCCUGGGAAGGGAAAUGAGUUUUACUUGAGAACUUCCUUCCAAGCCUCCCUUUUACAAAGUGUCCCAAGCCUUGAGAAAAAGGAGUCAGAACUUCAUUUGUACAUUGUUUCCACAACCUCACCGAUAUUUCUGCACCUAAAAAGUUCAUGGAACAACUAUAUUAUAAAAGGUACUCUGUUACAAGAUCCACUAUAUGCCAGUGAACUCAGUUCUACGAAUGGAAGUCAGAAGCCAUAUAGAUCAGAAGAGAAAAUCAAGCACUUCAGUCAACUUAAAUCUGAACUUUUUCUUAAGGACAACACUUUGAGCAAGAUAUUUUAUUUAAUUACAGAACUUAAAGUAGCAGCUCAGAAGAACUUCAUACUCAAAAGGCUGUUCUGGAAAACCAGUGACCUGUUCUAUUUCCUAGUGAACAAACUUCAUGAAUACUUGCCGGAGUCUAGGGAUAAGAAUACCCUUCAAAACAAAAGUCAAAGAGCUGAUGAGCUGAUGGCAUGCAUUGGAAUUGUCCAGACUCUGGGACUGAUGUUCAGAGAAACAGAAACGGAGUUAUCACGUUUGAACACAUUAGCAGCUAAGAAGGGAGCGCUGUUUAAUCUUUUGGUCAUUUUAAUUAGUGAGCCUCAGAUCCCCAAAUCUUGUCCUGUGUUUGAUAUCUCAUUGACGGCCGAUUCAGCUUUAGUUGAGAUGUCCUUUGAUGCUGAGUUACAGAAGCUUAUCUUGGAGUACACAGAUACAGCUACAGCACUUUUGUAUGAGAUACUUCUUGUCUUUCAGCAGGGAAAUCUUGGAUCGGGAUCAACAAAAUUUGCUAUUAAUUGGAUGAUGUCCUUUCUACAAAGUCGUCCUCCUAUAAUCACUUUUGUGGCCAAUAUUGUGAAACAAGUGGUGAAGGGGCUGUCAGCUUCAUUUCAGCUUCUAAGCCCAUGCCAAGCGGUUCUGAUGUACCAGCAGUUUUACAUCCUCAAGAGCUGCCUGCAGUACAGCAAGACCCUAGCUGAGUAUAUUAGGAGUGACUACAGAGAGGAAUUCAGGUACUUUAUUCACAUGCCAACCCUGGAAAAAAGAUUCCCGUUGUGUUACCCUAUUAGCCAACCUACUACUCAACUUAUUCAUGAAGUUCUCAACUUGGUUGAACAGAAACAAUGUGUAAAAUGUUAG